AUGUAUGGAAUCCCAACUUCGAAAUAUGCUGGUGACCGACUAAGUAAAACAAUGAGGGGAAGAAGACCGGUGAGAGAAGAGAGGUUUUCGAUGGCGAUUUAUGUCCUCCGGUGCUCAAUCAGUGUCGCCGGUGACGUUGAUCGGAGUGUGGCAGUGCUCUUUAGGGUACAUCAGAUACGAGUAAAUAUGGCAGCAACUCCCCAAAAUGUUGAGAUGGAAGCAGCAAAGUUCCUGCAUAAGCUUAUUCAGGAAUCCACCGACGAGCCCACAAAAUUGGCUACAAAACUACAUGUGAUUUUGCAGCAUAUGAGAUCCAGUGGAAAGGAAAAUUCAAUGCCAUACCAAGUUAUAUCAAGGGCUAUGGAGACAGUUAUAAAUCGACAUGGUCUUGACAUUGAGGCUUUAAUGUCACAAAGACAACCGUUGACCAGUGGGAGUCAACCUGGAGAUUCAUCCUUAUCCCAAAUUGCAGGUCCUUCACAGCAAACUGCAGUGGAAACUGACUCCAAAAAACCUCUAACUACUGAAGACACAGCAAAAAUUGCAACAUUUUCAAGCAAACCAUUACAUGGUCCUAGCAGUGCUGGUCAUGAUAUCUAUCAAGGAUCUGCAAAUCAACUUAACUCUAUGAAGAGUCAUGGAUCAAAUGCUGGUCUCUCUGGUUCAUAUGAAUCAUCAGAACCUGGGAAUCCACUAUCCAUGCAGUUCAGCAAUUCGUAUGAUAACCAGACUGCUGCAAUGUUGAUGCAUAAAACACCAGCUGGAAAGGCAUUGGAUCAUGAAGGAGGAUUUUCAAAUGUGAUGGCAAAUGCAAGCAAGACACUUCCAGGUGGCAUCUCAAACAAUGUUGCUGAAAUGGGUUUGCUUCGAAAUGAAGCUUCAAGAGAUACUGGAAAAUUACCAGUUGUACAGGCUUCUCCAGCUGGACCUUCCAUGCCUUUUAAGGAACAUCAUUUGAAACAGCUCAGAGCUCAAUGUCUUGUAUUUUUAGCCUUCAGGAAUAACUUAAUGCCUAAAAAGUUGCAUCUUGAGAUUGCACUGGGGAACUUCUUUUCCAAGGAAGAUGCAUCUAGCAAAGAACACAUUGACCAAAAGGGAAAAGACCAAUCUUUUGGAGGCCAGAGCAGUGGAUUCAUUUCAGAAAUGAAAGAAGGCGAAAAACUCGACAAGAUGAUAGAUAAAAAUGAGCCACCUUAUGGUCUCCCUGAACAUGUGGAGGGAAUGAGAAAUACCAUGAUUCCAAGAAAAAUUGAGCCAGAAAUGCCAGUCUUUGAAACAAAGGAACUACAGACAUCUGCAAUCAAAGUAGCACAAUCAGACCCUAUCAACAUUCCACUACACGCUGAUACCCAAGGAAAUCGACAUGGGCAUAAUAGUCAUUUGCCAAGCUGGAAGCCUCAUUCAGUAAUGGAAGGUGAAAGGCACAUGGUGAUGGUGAAGAAUGCUAAUGUUCUUGAAAAGGAUGUAAUACUUGCAGGAAACAAUCGUGAGGGAGAAGAUACUUCUGAACUAAGUACUUCACCAGCAUCACCAAAGUAUACUACAUCUGAAAAAUGGAUUGCAGAUUGCAAAAAGAGAAAAGUUGCUGCUGAUAAUAACUGGAAAGCUAAAAAGAUGAAAACAGAGCAAAGGAUCUCGGUUUGUGUUGAGAAGUUAAAGGAAACAGUUAGUUCUUCUGAAGACAUUUCUGCAAAAACCAAAAGUGUCAUCGAGUUAAAAAAGCUUGAACUUUUGAAUCUCCAGCGUCGACUGAGGAAUGAUAUACUGAAUGAUUUUUUUAGACCUAUAUCUAAUGAGAUGGAUCGCUUGAAAUCAAUCAAGAAACAUAGGAUAGGAAGAAGAUCAAAGCAACUCGAGAGGUAUGAACAGAAGAUGAAGGAAGAGAGACAAAAAAGAAUUCGAGAAAGACAAAAGGAUUUCUUUGGUGAACUGGAAUCACACAAGGAAAGACUGGAAGAUUUACAUAAAUAUAGGAGAGAAAGGGCAAAGGGGUUUAACAAGUACGUAAGAGAGUUCCAUAAAAGGAAAGAAAGACUUUAUCGGGAGAAGAUUGACAGAAUCCAAAGGGAAAAGAUCAAUCUUUUAAAAAUCAAUGAUGUGGAGGGUUAUCUUCGAAUGGUUAAGGAUGCAAAAUCGGAUCGAGUGAAGCAACUAUUGAAAGAGACUGAGAAGUAUCUCCAGAAGCUUGGAUCAAAGCUGAAAGAGGCAAAAGUUAUCAGCAGAGCCUUUGAAGCAGAUAAUGGUCUAAAUGAUAACAGUGAAUUUACUAUUGAGAAUGAAGACGAAACAGAUCAGGCCAAGCAUUACAUGGAGAGCAAUGAAAAGUACUAUUUGAUGGCUCAUAGUGUCAAAGAACUUGUAGCAGAACAGCCAGCAACUCUCAUUGGUGGAAAAUUGCGAGAGUAUCAGAUGAAUGGAUUACGAUGGUUACUGUCACUAUACAACAACCAUUUGAAUGGAAUUCUAGCUGAUGAAAUGGGCCUGGGGAAAACUGUUCAGGUUAUAUCUUUACUGUGUUACCUAAUGGAAAAUAAAAAUGAUAGAGGGCCAUUUUUGGUGGUUGUACCUUCCUCUGUUCUACCUGGAUGGGAGUCAGAAAUUAACUUUUGGGCUCCAACCAUUAACAAAAUUGUCUAUUCUGGACAUCCUGAGGAGCGAAGGAAGUUAUUCAAGGAAAAGAUAGUUCAGCAAAAGUUCAAUGUUCUUUUGACAACCUACGAGUAUCUCAUGAACAAGCAUGAUAGGCCAAAACUGAGCAAGAUACAUUGGCAUUAUAUUAUAAUUGAUGAAGGGCAUCGCAUCAAAAAUGCUUCUUGCAAGUUAAAUGCUGAGUUGAAGCAUUAUAAUAGCUCUCACAGAUUGCUGUUGACUGGAACUCCUUUGCAGAACAAUCUUGAGGAACUGUGGGCACUGCUUAACUUUCUGUUGCCAAAUAUUUUUAAUUCGGCUGAGGAUUUUUCUCAGUGGUUCAACAAACCUUUUGAAAGUAACGCAGAUAACUCCCUUGAAGAAGCUUUGCUCUCUGAGGAGGAGAAUCUAUUAAUCAUAAAUCGUCUUCACCAAGUUCUCAGACCAUUUGUUCUUAGGAGACUCAAACACAAGGUUGAAAAUGAGUUGCCUGAAAAGAUAGAGAGACUUGUAAGAUGCGAAUCUUCUGCAUAUCAGAAGAUAUUGAUGCAGAGAGUAGAAGACAAUAUGGGUGCAUUUGGUGCUACCAAGAGUCGAUCAGUGCACAAUUCUGUUGUUGAGCUACGAAAUAUAUGCAAUCAUCCUUACCUCAGCCAACUUCAUACAGAACAGGUCCAUGAUUUCAUUCCCAAGCAUUUUCUUCCUAAUGUGAUAAGAUUUUGUGGGAAGCUUGAGAUGUUAGAUCGACUACUACCCAAACUAAAAGCUACAGAUCAUCGGGUUCUUCUGUUUUCAACAAUGACUAGGCUGCUUGAUGUGAUGGAGGAUUAUUUAUAUUAUAAACAGUACAAGUACCUUCGCCUUGAUGGACAUACAAGUGGUGGUGAUCGUGGCUCCUUAAUUGACCAGUUUAACAAACCUGGAUCUCCAUUUUUCAUAUUCCUUCUCAGUAUACGUGCUGGAGGCGUUGGAGUGAAUCUUCAAGCUGCUGAUACAGUUAUCAUUUUCGACACCGAUUGGAACCCACAGGUUGAUCUGCAAGCACAGGCUAGAGCUCACAGAAUUGGUCAGAAGAAGGAGGUGCUUGUUCUUCGGUUAGAAACGGUUAAAUCUGUUGAAGAACAAGUUAGAGCUUCAGCUGAGCAUAAACUUGGAGUUGCUAAUCAGAGCAUUACUGCUGGCUUCUUUGACAAUAACACAAGUGCUGAAGAUCGAAGAGAAUACUUGGAGGCCCUGCUGCGUGAAUGUAAGAAAGAGGAAGCUGCUCCUGUUUUGAAUGAUGAUGGUCUUAAUGAUCUUAUAGCCAGGAGUGAGUCUGAAAUUGACGUAUUUGAGGAACUCGAUAAAAAAAGGCAGGAAGAAGAGAUGGCUCUGUGGAAACAGGUGGUAUCAGAACAAGGGGGGACAAGUGAUGAAGUCACACCUCCCCUUCCUUCAAGACUUGUAACAGAAGAUGAAAUGAAAUCAUUCUGUGAAGCUAUGAAGGCAAUUGAAGUUCCAAAACCAGUUGUUAUACCUGGCUAUGGAGGUAAAAGGAAGAGUGAGCUUGGGAACUUGGACACACAUAAUUAUGGAAGAGGAAAACGAGCAAGGGAGGUGCGUUCUUAUGAGGAGCAAUGGACAGAAGAUGAAUUUGAGAAAAUGUGUCAAGUUGAAGCACCAGAGUCACCAAACACCACCAAGGAAGAAGGGGAGUUGGCUGGUGGUGUCAGUGUCACAACUAGUGAAUCUGGCAUGGUUAUUGGUGCAGAAGGCACAGGGUUGCCAAACAUACAACACCCAAUGCAACCUCCUCCACCUGCAGCUUUUUCAGUUCAACAAAUCGGGGCAAGUCCACCGAUGAAACGUGGUCGUGGAAGGCCGCCUAAAAAGAAACUCCCUGGAAUUGGAGUUCCACCUCCAAUGGCGGCUCUUCAGGUUUCUCCGUUACCUGUUCCUCCACCUCUUCAUCCGAUUGGUUUACAGAUUGCUGCUCCUCCUCCUCCUAGUGUUGCUACCCCUUCUGUUCCCAAGUCAACCCCCUCUGAUGGUGGUCAGCCAACUGUUACUUUGCCUUCUGCUGCCCUGUCUGUGCCACCUGGUUUUCAGCCACCAGCCGGUCAUCCUCCUGGCUUUCAGCCAACAGUCGCACCUCCUCCUGGUUAUAAACCACUCACCUCCCCCCCUCCGGGCUAUCAGCCAAUCACCACCACCCCUCCUGGUUAUCAACCAAUAGCCACACCUACACCCACAGCCACUCCUCCACCCCCCGGAUUCCAACCUAAAAUCAGUCCACCUCCUCAGGCCACCACCAUCACUCCUUUAUCUACCUCUACCCUCCCUCCUAGUUCUCAACCAACAACCACCAUGACUCCUCCCAACCAGAAUAUCCCACCGAGUAAUCCCACUCCUAGCACUCUUUCAACCCCUACAUUACCCGUUUCAAUCCCAGUGUUCUCUCCAUCCUCUCAUGACUCAGAGUCUGCUGUAUCUCCAUCAGUGACACCUGGGGAGUGGUAG